GGCCCGGGGCGGCCGGCGCGGGUUUCGGCUGCGGCGCGCGGCCAGGGAGUCGCGCCGAUCCAUGGGCAGCAGCGCGGGCCACGAUGACUGAUUACGGCGAGGAGCAGCGCAACGAGCUCGAGGCUCUGGAGGCCAUCUACCCUGACUCGUUCACAGUAUUAUCAGAAAAUCCACCCAGCUUCACCAUUACAGUGACAUCUGAAGCUGGAGAAAAUGAAGAAACUGUCCAGACUACCCUUAAGUUUACCUAUAGUGAGACAUAUCCAGAUGAAGCUCCCCUUUAUGAAAUAUUCUCCCAGGAAAAUCUAGAAGAUAAUGAUGUCUCAGACAUUUUGAAAUUGUUGGCAUUGCAGUCUGAGGAGAAUCUUGGCAUGGUGAUGAUCUUCACCCUAGUGACAGCUGUGCAAGAAAAAUUAAAUGAAAUUGUAGACCAGAUAAAAACUAGAAGAGAAGAAGAAAAGAAACAGAAAGAAAAAGAAGCAGAAGAAGCAGAAAAGAAAUUAUUCCAUGGUACUCCUGUUACAAUUGAAAAUUUCUUAAGUUGGAAGGCCAAGUUUGAUGCAGAACUCCUAGAAAUUAAAAAGAAACGGAUGAAAGAAGAGGAACAAGCAGGCAAAAAUAAAUUAAGUGGAAAACAGCUGUUUGAAACAGAUCAUAAUCUUGACACAUCUGACAUCCAGUUCUUGGAGGAUGCUGGAAACAAUGUGGAAGUGGACGAGUCCUUGUUCCAGGAGAUGGAUGACUUGGAGCUGGAGGACGAUGAGGAUGACCCAGACUACCAUCCUGCUGACCCAGGGAGCGACUCUGACUGAGUGGCCCGUUUCCAGAGAGGCUUCACCACCGUAGCAUCUGUGGUGGUGCUGAAAGGGUUUUGAUUUUCCUUUCUUUUUUUUCUAAGAAAAAAAUAUUUUUCAGGAGAAUAUUCUUCUGAUAGUUUUCAUUGUUGAACUUAAUAAACUGACUUUAACGUUUCAAAUAUAAAAA